AUGAUUAGACUAAAUUUCCACUGUUGUCUCAUUCCUAAUGCAAGACAGACCAAACCAGGCAGCAACCAUGGUUCUUUCAUCAUCCAAAAUCCCAGAGCUUCAAAAUUUUCUCAACGGGUUUCGGUCAAGCUUAAGGCAAUAAAAGGUGAGAUGAAUGGAGAAACAAGUGGAUCUUCAGGAGGUAGCUGGGACCCUGGGUUGGAAAUUGCAGUCCCUUUUGAACAGAGACCGGUAAACGAGUACUCAUCUCUGAAGGAUGGAGUCCUGUAUUCGUGGGGCGAACUGGGUCCUGGGUCAUUUUUCCUUCGCCUUGGAGGUCUAUGGUUGGCAGUGUUCACAGUGCUUGGAGCGCCAAUUGCAGCUGCAAGCUUUAAUCCUUCUAGCGAGCCUCUGAGAUUUAUACUAGCUGCUGGAACAGGAACACUCUUCAUUGUGUCUUUGAUUAUCUUAAGGAUUUAUCUGGGGUGGAGUUAUGUUGGCGAUAGACUUUUGUCUGCAGUCAUUCCUUAUGAAGAAAGUGGAUGGUAUGACGGACAGAUGUGGGUCAAGCCGCCUGAGAUCCUAGCUCGUGAUAGAUUGUUGGGCUCUUACAAGGUUAAACCAGUUGUUAAACUGCUGAAGCAAACUCUAGUGGGGACUGGAGCGUUACUUGUUACCGGAGUUAUGCUAUUUAUCUUUGCUACACCAGUGGAGAACUUUCUUCAUUCCACCUUUACCACGGAAGAAAACAAAUCGACCCCCCAAGUUACCAAGGUUAACAAGUUUAACUUAAGAAAGGAGGAGUUGCUUAAAUUGCCUGCAGAUGUGAAAGCCGAUGACAAUCUUGCAGCUGCUGCUGCAGAGGCUGCUGAUGGAAGACCAGUCUACUGCAGAGAUAGGUUUUAUCGAGCAUUAGCAGGAGGCCAGUACUGCAAAUGGGAGGAUCUGCUCAAGUAA